GCAGGCACAGCUGUUCGUGGAGCCCGGGAGCUGCUGCAUCGGCUGCUGCAGGCUGGCACAAGCUGAAUCUGGGCAAUGGCAGCCACCCUGCUGCGUGUUACACCACCGGUGAGCAGAGACAGAAUGAUCUCCCAAUUCCCCAAAUGGUAUACGCCUGAGGCCUGUCUCCAGUUCAAAGAUCACUUUCACACUCAAGUGAGAAACGCCUGUCAGCGACGGAACACCGGCACUGUUGGGCUAAAAAUAUCCAAAGUUGUUGUGGUGGGAGACCUCUAUGUUGGAAAAACGAGCCUCAUCAACAGGUUUUGCAAAGAUGUUUUUAACCGAGACUAUAAGGCAACUAUUGGAGUGGACUUUGAGAUUGAGCGCUUUGAGAUAGCUGGAGUCCCAUAUAAUCUUCAGAUUUGGGAUACAGCUGGUCAAGAAAAGUUCAAGUGCAUUGCAUCUGCUUACUACAGAGGAGCGGAAGUAAUUAUAACAGUCUUUGAUUUGGCUGAUAUCCAGACUUUGGAGCACACCAAACAGUGGCUGGAGGAUGCAUUGAGGGAGAAUAAUCCACGGUCCAGCUUCAUCUUUCUAGUUGGAACAAAAAAAGAUUUGGUGUCCGAUGCUGAAUGUGAGCGGACGGAAGUGGAUGCCAUUCAUUUUGCCAAUGAGAUGCAGGCAGAGUACUGGUCAGUUUCGGCCAAAACAGGAGAAAAUGUCAAGGGUUUCUUUUGCCGAGUUGCUGCCUUGGCCUUUGAGAAGUCCGUGCUGCUGGAGCUGGAGAAGAGCAACAGCCACACGGCCCAGAUCGGUGUGGGAAACAUUAGAAUAGAAGGACGCUCCUUCGAGGCUUCAGAAGCCGGCCAUCAGGCCAGCCCAGGUUGCUGCUAGUGGUGCGAGCGCUUGGUCUGGCAUCAUGUAGGAUGUGCCGGCAGCACUUCAGGAAGAUGGAAGGAACCGAGUCUUGGAGGACAACGAGAAGGAAGCCGAGCAAACCCUGCCUCCCCUUCCUUUGCUCUCUCUAGGAAGGCCACUGUAUCCAGGAUGCAUGCAGCCCGUUUCCUUGGCAAUGAGAGGCCGCAGGAGC